AUUAUUAUUUUUUUAAUACUUAGCUUUCUUCUUCUAAACCCUCUUUCUUUCACGUUCAGCCACCCCCUCCACUCCAUUACCAGCCGCCGCCGCCGCCGCACUCUCAGCUGUCACAGUCUCAGCCUUCCGACGAAAUCAGAGUUACUAAUCUCUAUUCCCCAGAAACCCAGUGGUUCGCCAUUGGUGCGAUCGCGCCGCCGCCGCUCGUUUUCCAAAUUCCCAAGGUUUUAUUGUUAUUUGUUUCGUUGGAUUAUGUUGGUUUAUUCUGUUCACCUACGGAGAAGGAAAAUCAAGAACGAAUCAUUUAUUGUUCGUAUUUGAAAAGAUUGAAAUUAUUGCUUUCAAUGUUAGAAAAGAAAAAAAAAAUUGAAUUAAUGGUGUUGAGUCUUCUUGAAUAUAGAAGAAACUAUCAAUGCGUAUGAACUAUCUUGGCAUAGUAUAGAUGGCUUUGCGAGGUGUAUGGCAGCUUAAGAAGCUGAUUGUCAGCUAUUGUGACUGGGGAGGAAGCAGCAGGGGUAUCAGGGCAUUUAUGGACUCAGAAUUGCCAGCUUUUAGAGAGAAAAAUCCUCAGCUACAAAUAGUUACUGACCUCAUUCGUGGGCAGCAUCCACACUUAAAGGGCUUCUACAAAAGCAAUAAUCAUCGGGUGAUAUGUGUGAACAACAUGGAUCCGGAAGACAUACAUUUACAUGCAACGAGACUAAGGAAUGCACUGGGACGAAAGGUCUUAAAACUGAGGACAAGACAUGUAACCAAGAAUCCUAGUGCGCAAGGUACUUGGAACACUGAUUUAAGAUUUUGAGCCCUGCAUACAUAAUUCCUAACGAGCUUGAUUGUCGUUUGGAGGUUGUUUUUUCCAUCCAUUGUUAGAUGUUUAAGCCAAGCUCUAUCUUGCUUGAAUUUGUAGUUUCUAGUGAGUCCCAUGUAACUUUUUCAAGGUUGUUAAUGUCCCAUGAGCUUCUCUUGAAGAAUUGCAUGAAACAGAACAGGAUUCUGAUUUGAUUUGUUAACUUGUCAUGAUUCAUCAAAGCGAUAAUGUCCCAAGAAUAAAUUGUUCCCAUGGACGGGUUGGGACUACCUCGCAUUUAAGCUUCUA